GAACAAAUAAUUUAUUGUAUGAUAUUGUAAAAAUAAUUGUAUAGAAUUAAAAUAAAAAGAGAACAAUUUUAGCCAAGAUCGAAAGGACAAAUCUGACCGUUAUUAGUCCUAACGCCAAACCCAAUCAAAAUCCGGGAUUGUCCGGGUUCAUCGCAACUAAAGCCCAGUAAACGCAAACAAUGCAUACUCUUUUAAACAUUUUCCUGCAAAUAUAAUCAAUUCGCUAAAUCUGCUUAUUUCUUUUCCACAUCUUCAUGGGUUUUCGCUACAAUUUCUUCUCUCUCGGAGCAAUUUAUAAAGCGUGAUCCUACCUCUUCCUCUGACGAUCUAGAAGCGCUCAAUUUAUCUGUUUGGUCUAUGGAUUUUGCGUUUUAGGUGAGAGAGCGAGAAACUCCGAAACUAUUGCGCUCAAGCGUCGGGGAAGAGAAGAAUAAAAUGGCGGCAGGUGGAUUUGUGAGUCGAGCAUUCGAGUCGAUGCUCAAGGAAUGUUCCUCCAAAAAGAAUCCUGAUCUUCAAAAGGCUAUUCAAACUUAUUUAGAUAGUCCAAAACAAAGGAAUCAGCAAUCUUCAUCCACUGAGCCUAAUCCUGGAGAUGGAAGCUCCACUGGGGAUACACAGCAUGUUAGUAAGCCAACUGGUCUUAGUGGAACCAUCACAACUGCCUUGGCAAAUGCUGGAUACACCUUGGAAGGGGCUGAGGUGGAGCUUGUUCUAAAUCCUCUUCGACUUGCAUUCGAGACUAAGAACUUAAAAAUCCUUGAACCAGCUUUAGAUUGUCUUCAUAAACUAAUUGCCUAUGAUCAUCUGGAGGGAGAUCCUGGUUUAGAUGGUGGGAAAAAUGUUCCUCUGUUUACAGACAUUCUGAAUAUGGUUUGCAAUUGUGUUGAUAAUUCUUCUACUGACAGUACAAUCCUGCAAGUUCUGAAGGUACUUCUUACUGCUGUAGCAUCGACAAAGUUCAGAGUCCAUGGGGAACCUUUGCUUGGAAUUAUCAGAGUCUGCUACAAUAUUACUCUUCACAGCAAGAGCCCUAUAACCCAAGCAACAUCAAAGGCAAUGUUGACACAGAUGAUUAGCAUCUUAUUUAGGAGAAUGGAGACUGAUGUAGUCCCUACUUCAUCUGGUUCUUCAGAUCAUACUGAAGCUGCUUCCUCAAGCGACCAAAAUGACAAUGGAACGACUUUAGGCGAUGCACUAAACUGGGUCAAGGAUACAACAUUUGCAUCUAUUGAGGAACUUCAAAAACUAGCUGGAGGUGCUGACCUCAAGGGUCUAGAGGCUGCUCUUGACAAUGUUGUGCAUGUUGAGAAUGGUAAAAAGAUCACGAGAGGGAUUGACCUUGAGAGCAUGAGUCUUGGUAAACGUGAUGCAUUACUAGUGUUCCGCACCCUUUGCAAGAUGAGCAAGAAGGAAGAUACUGAUGAUACCAAGACACAGAUUCUGUCUCUUGAGCUUCUUCAGGGUUUGUUGGAAGGGGUUAGCCAUUUAUUUACAAAGAACUUCCAUUUAAUUGAUUCAGUGAAAGCAUAUCUUCUAUCUGCUUUGCUGCAGGCUUCAGUUUCACAAUCUGCUGUCAUAUUUCAGUAUGCUACUGGGAUAUUUUCUGUGCUUUUGUUGCGAUAUCGAGAGAGUCUUAAAGGUGAAAUUGGUGUCUUUUUUCCCUUGAUUAUUUUGCGGUCAUUGGAUGGUUCAGACUUCCCCGUUAACCAAAAAAUGAGUGUUCUCAGAAUGCUUGAGAAAAUUUGCAAAGAUCCCCAGAUGCUUGUUGAUGUUUAUGUGAAUUAUGAUUGUGAUCAUGAGGCACCUAACCUAUUUCAACGCAUGGUGACAUUUCUGUCUAAAAUAGCUCAAGUGCCUCAAAAUGGCGACUCAAACCCUGUUGCUGCCAACCAGACAACAUCUAUUAAGAAUUCCUCACUCCAGUGCCUUGUCAACAUACUAAAAUCACUGAUUGAUUGGGAGAAAUCUAAAAGACAACCAGAAAGGAAUAGAAGAGGUGACUGGGCUCCUGAAGAAGAUUUGGCACGAGAAUCUGUUGAGACAAAAGGUCAUGAAUCUACCAUGGCAGCUGCCAUCUCCGAGUUUAACAGGCAACCAGUGAAGGGUAUUGAGAAUCUGAUAUCAAAUAAAUUGGUGGAAAAGACUCCUGCCUCAGUUGCCCAAUUUCUGAGAAAUACUCCCAAUCUGGACAAGGCAAUGAUUGGUGAUUAUCUGGGUCAACAGGAGGGGUUUCCCCUUGGUGUCAUGCAUGCUUAUGUAGAUUCAGUAACAUUUUCAGGAAUGAAGUUUGAUACUGCAAUACGUGAAUUUCUCAAAGGAUUUUUUCUUCCUGGGGAGGCUCAAAAGAUAGAUCGAAUCAUGGAAAAGUUCGCAGAAAGGUAUUGUGCUGAUAAUCCAGGUCUUUUCAAGAAUGCAGAUAUUGCAUAUGUUCUUGCAUAUGCAGUUAUAAUGCUGAAUACUGAUGCUCAUGACCCAAUGAUCUGGCCUAAAAUGUCAAAGUCAGAUUUUAUACAUAUGAAUAACACAUAUAACCCUGAAGAGCAUGCCCCUAUUGAACUUCUGGAGGAGAUAUAUGAUUCUAUUGUUAAAGAGGAGAUAAAAAUGAGAGAUGAAGCUGCUGGCACUGGGAAAGAUAGCAAGCAAAAGCCAGAGGGUGAAGAAAGAGGCCGCCUUGUUAGUAUCCUUAAACUAUCUCUCCCUAAAACAAAGUCUUCAAGCGAUGCUAAGCCCCAAAGUGAAGCAAUAAUUAAGCAGACACAGGCUAUUAUCCAGAACCGAGCAAAAAGAGGAAUUUUUUAUACUGCACAAGAGAUUGAACUUGUAAGACCGAUGGUUGAAGCUGUAGGAUGGUCAUUGUUGGCUACCUUCUCUGUUACAAUGGAGCAAAGUGAAGACAAGCCAAUGGUUGUUCUUUCUAUGGAAGGAUUUAGUGCUGGGAUACAUCUCACUUAUGCCCUUGGAAUGGAUACUAUGCGCUUUGCCUUUGUAACAUCUCUGAUCAGGUUUACUUUCUUGCAUUCCCCAAAGGAAAUGCGUAUUAAAAAUGUGGAAGCAUUGCGGACUCUAUUUGAUUUAUGUGACGUAGAGCCAGACUGUCUUCAAGACACGUGGAAUGCUGUUCUUGAGUGUGUUUCUCGGCUUGAACAUAUUACGACAACUCCUGCUGUUGCUGCAACUGUCAUGCAUGGAUUAAAUCAGAUCUCCAAGGAAGCUGUUUUGCAGGCACUGAAAGAACAGGCUGGGAAACCAGCUGAACAGGUUUUUGUGAAUAGUGAAAAGUUGCCUAGCAAUUCUAUUGUGGAGUUCUUCACUGCCCUAUGUGGUGUAUCUGCAGAAGAACUAAAACAAAGUCCAGCUCGCAUUUUCAGCUUGCAAAGGGCUGUUGAGAUCAGUUAUUACAAUAUUGCUCGUAUACGUAUGGUCUGGGCUAGAAUAUGGACUGUACUCGCAAAUCAUUUUAUCUCUGCUGGCAGCCAUGCUGAUGAGAAGGUUGCUGUGUAUGCAAUAGAUUCUUUGAGGCAGCUUGGUAUGAAGUAUUUGGAGCAUGCUGAAUUGACCAGUUUUACUUUCCAAAAUGAUAUCCUUAAACCUUUUGUUGUUCUCAUGCGGAAUAGUCGAAGUGAAACCAUAAGAAGCCUUAUUGUGGACUGCAUUGUUCAACUGAUUAAAUCAAAGGUUGCAAGCAUAAAGUCUGGAUGGCAAAGUGUUUUUAUGAUUUUCACUGCUGCUGCGGAUGAUGAUUUGGAAUCAAUUAUUGAAAAGGCAUUUGAGAAUGUGGAACAGAUUUUACUGGAACGAUUUGAUCAAGUUGUUGGAGAUUGUUUUAUGGACUGCAUCAACUGUCUUAUUAGGUUUGCCAACAAUAAAACUUCCCACCACAUUAGUUUGAAGGCUGUUGCCCUUCUCCGUAUAUGUGAAAAUCGUCUUGCAGAGGGACGUAUUCCUGGUGGAGCUCUGAAACCGACUAAUGUUGAUGCUGAGUAUUAUUGGUUCCCAAUGCUGGCUGGUUUAUCUGAUCUAACAUCAGAUUUGAGACCGGAGGUUAGGAGUUGUGCGCUUGAAGUUUUGUUUGAUUUGGUGAAUGAAAGAGGUAGGAAGUUCUCAACUCCGUUUUGGGAAAGCAUUUUCCAUCGUGUCUUGUUUCCCAUAUUUGAUCAUGUGAGACAUGCUGGGGAGGAGAGCUUAUUUUCCGCUGGAGAUGAGUGGCUUCGUGAAAGUAGCAUUCACUCACUUCAGUUGCUGUGCAACCUUUUCAACACUUUUUACAAGGAGGUGUGCUUUAUGCUGCCACCACUCUUGAGUUUGCUGUUGGACUGUGCUAAAAAGACAGACCAAAUGGUGGUUUCAAUUUCUCUUAGUGCGUUGGUGCAUCUCAUAGAGGUUGGUGGAAACCAGUUCAGUGAGAGUGACUGGGAUUUGUUGUUGAAGAGCAUAAGAGAUGCAUCAUACACAACACAACCGCUUGAGCUACUCAAUGAGUUGGGUCUAGAGAAUCCCAUGAACCCUUCAAUUGCACUAGGGGAUUCAAAGGUUCAUACAAGUGGUGAAGUCUGGCAGUUUGAUUCUACUGAUAACGGGAAGAUUUCACCACUUGCAUCACUGAGUUCAGGUAAUAAUAGCAGCACAAGGGAUACUAAUGCAUCACUUUCACAAGAUCACCAUCAAGAAUCUGGGUUACAAUCUGAAGGUGUUCCCUCACCAUCAGAUAAAGCUCAGAAGUCUGCUGAAGCUGCAAGCCUCCAACGAAGUCAGACAAUAGGUCAAAGAAUUAUGGGGAAUAUGAUGGAUAACAUAUUUCUUAGAAGUCGUUCCGCAAAAGCAAAGAGUGGCACAUCAGAUAUUCCAGCUCCUUCUUCACCACCAAAGCUUCCUGAGGCUGUUGAACAUGAAGCCAAAGAUGAGGAGGAAAGUCCACUGAUGACUACUGUUAGGGGCAAGUGCAUCACUCAGUUAAUACUUCUUGGUGCUAUUGAUGGCAUUCAGAAAAAGUAUUGGGAGAAUUUGAAUGAACCUCAGAAAAUUGCCAUAAUGGACAUUUUGUUAUCCUUGGUAGAAUUUGCUGCAUCAUAUAAUUCAUACUCUAACCUCAGAACACGUAUGCAACACAUUCCUGCAGAAAGGCCCCCUCUAAAUCUUCUUCGCCAGGAACUGGCAGGAACUUGCAUUUAUCUGGAUGUCUUGCACAAAGCAACUUCAGGAUUUAAUGACAAUAAUGGGCAACUUCUAGAACCUAAAAGUUCUCAAGAUACUGAUGUAUCUUCAGACAACAAUGGUUUGGAAUUGGCUGAACAUUCUUAUGAAGAAACAAAAUUGGAAGGAAUAGCAGAAGAGAAGCUGGUCUCUUUCUGUGCACAGGUACUCAGGGACACAUCUGAUUUCCAAUCUACAAUAGGGGAAACAAGUUCCGUGGAUAUUCAUCGAGUUCUGGAGUUGCGGUCUCCAGUUAUCGUUAAGGUACUUAAAGGCAUGUGCUUCAUGAACAAUAAGAUUUUCAGGAAUCACCUCGGGGUGUUCUAUCCAUUGCUUACAAAACUUAUUUGCUGUGACCAGAUGGAUAUUCGUGGAGCACUAGGUGAUCUUUUUAGGGUGCAGUUGAAAGCUCUCCUACCGUAAGAGUUUUAAUAACGAAUUAUUUUGUUGAGAAACUUUUUAGGAAUGGUUUUCAGCGUCGCUGCACAUUCCUUAGGACCAUAGGCAAGAAUUAAUGUUUAUCAAGGAAAAUAGAUGGUUGAAAAUUGACAUUUUAUCUUCUUCGCAAGGUCCGGGUGCUUAUAGGUAUCAGUUUUAAAAAUUAUUUAAUUAUCAUUUUAAGAAAAUAUUGCGCAUUUAAUACUUUAGUUUUACUAACUAUUAGAAAAAUAAUCCAUUAAUUACUUUUUUUUUCCCUGUCCACAACAUAUCUAUUUCCUGUAUCAAAUUUUUCAGUGUUGUAAAUGAAUAUAUUAGAGUAGCAAAUAAAAGACCUAUAUCUGUUUCUAAA